CAUCUGCAGCGCGCGCGCGCUCGGCACAUGUCGCCCCGUUGGCGCGCGACACAGAAGCGAGCGACGCCUGCAAACAUGCCGCGGCAGCUCCUUCCCUCGCAGCCGCGCGUCACUUUCCUGUUUCUUUUGGCCACGUUUCAACUCUAAGGCGUCCACUGCGUCUGCCUGAACUUUAUGGGAGCGACCACGCCGCGCGACCGGACAGAAGAGGACGUGGGCUGCCACUCGCGUGCUCGGCUGAGCGCCUGUCCUGCAGGACCUGAGUCCCUCGGAGGCAGAAAAAUCUGACUCAGCGUUUAAUGUGCACCUGGAAGUGUUGACAUCAUUCCCCCCCGAAGGCACAGAUUAGAGCGCGAUGUCGUCCCAGGCGUCCGCGAGGCUGAAGCACCUGUCUCUGGGGGUGCUGGUGCUGCAGACCACCUCGCUGGUCCUCACCAUGCGCUACUCCCGCACCCUGACGGAGGACGGCCCCCGCUACCUGGCGUCCUCCGCCGUGGUGUCGGCCGAGGUGCUGAAGGUCGCCGCCUGCGCGCUGCUCGUCUUCAGGGAGAACGAUUUCAGGGUGCAGGCGCUGAGCCAGCUGCUGAGGGAGGUGGCCGAGGAGCCGGUGGAGACCCUGAAGCUGGCCAUCCCCGCCGGCAUCUACACGCUGCAGAACAACCUGCUCUACGUCGCCUUGUCCAACCUGGACGCAGCCACGUAUCAGGUCACUUACCAGCUGAAGAUCCUCACUACAGCGCUGUUCUCCGUGUCGAUGCUGGGGAAGCGUCUGGGCUUCUACCAGUGGCUGGCCCUGCUCCUGCUCAUGGCAGGGGUCACGCUGGUGCAGCUCCCGGCGGGAACACAGGGGGCCGCAAAGAGCGAAGGGGAGCAGGCGAGCGCGUCUGCAGGGUCCCAGUUUGUGGGCUUGAUGGCGGUGCUGACGGCCUGUGUGUCCAGUGGCUUUGCCGGAGUUUACUUUGAGAAAAUCCUCAAGGAGACGAAACACAGCGUGUGGGUCCGCAACAUUCAGCUGGGUUUGUUCGGGUUUGUCUUUGGCCUCGUGGGAAUGAUCGUAUACGACGGUCAGAGGGUGAGGCAGUUUGGGAUGUUUCAGGGCUACAACGCCAUCACCUGCGUGGUCGUUGGUUUACAGGCUCUGGGCGGGCUGGUCGUGGCCGUGGUCAUUAAAUAUGCAGACAACAUCCUUAAAGGAUUUGCCACCUCCCUGUCCAUCAUCAUGUCCACGCUCAUAUCCUAUUUCCUCUUGAAGGACUUUAUCCCCACUGGUCUUUUUUUCCUGGGAGCGGUGUUGGUUAUCGCUGCCACGUUUCUGUACAGUUACGAGAGCAAACCCGCCGCUAGCAGCCCUGCCACGGUAUGAAGGCAGAUACGUGACCGAGGGGCCAGACACCCGGGACUCGGCCCCACGUCAGCACCAAAGCCGUGGAGGUGUUUUCUGACAUUUUUCAGAAGGAGCACAUUGUUAACGCACAGGGUUCAAACUGCAAAAACACACAAGUGCAAUUUAGGAGGGUAGAAGGAGACUGGGAUUAAACACAAUGUUGUUAAGGGUCAAAACUUUCUGUUGUAUGUAUUUUUAUACUUGUGUUGUGGGAUCUGGGCAAAGCAGCGAGAGGGCGACUGCUGUAAUGGUGCUGAGAGCAUCGGCCUCAGACGGAGGAGGGCUCCUGACAGAACCUCCAUCUAGUUUGCUGCAAAGAGGAGGGGUUACCUCUGUUCAGAGAUGCUGAAUGGCUUUUUUUAAGAUAAGAUAGGAAAUGACGGCCUUGACCUUGCUGCUCCAGGUCUGAGUAUUUAUAUCUCCAUGCACUUAUUCUACUCUUACCUAAAUGAAAGUAAAGUAAAGACCUUUAUGCAAGAACAGAUGAAUAAAUUAAAGUAUCAUUUAUUCUGUUUUAACCA